GGUCAAGAAUACGCGGGCUCUAAGUGGCAUUUUCCAUUUGGCUUGACUGCAAAUAAGUGAGGCGACAGGCGACGAAGUAGUCGCCAGUAUUCUGGAUGGCUGCCGUCUAGGUUCUGUCAGGACAACUAGCUAGGGCUAGGCCGGCACGCGAUAGCCAUGGACAAGCCCAACGGCUUCCUACAGCGGCAUCCCGAGAAAGCGGAGCAUAACCAGUACUGGUACUCCGCUCAUACGAUUGGGAAGAUCGUUGAGGAGCUGACCGCUUCAGCUAGCCGGAUUGCCUGCCUCUCCACUCCUUCCAUUUAUUUUUCCCUUCCGCGCGGCUCCCCCCUCCGUGCUGCCGCCUGGCUGCUAGACUACGACGAGCAGUGGGCCGCCGACCCGCACUACGUGCGCUACGACUUCAACGCCCCCGAGCUGCUGCCGCCGCACCUGCACGGCGCGUUCGACUGCGUGGUCAUCGACCCGCCCUUCAUCACGCGCGAGGUGUGGGACAAGUACGCGCAGGCUGCGCGACUGCUGCUGCAGCCGGGAGGCAAGGUGAUCGCCACCACGGUCGCUGAGAACGCUGAGCUGCUUGCAGAGCUGCUGCCGGCGGGCGAGGGCGGCAGCCGGGUGCAGCCGGCGCCCUUCCGGCCCUCCAUCCCGCACCUCAUCUAUCAGUACAACCUCUUCACCAACUUCCAUCCCGCCGUACUCUGCCAGACCAACCCGGAGAUACCGCCCGACGACUAGCCGGACAGCAGCGGAGCGGAGCGGAGUGCAUGCAGGAGACGAGGUGGGCAGGAGACGAGGCGCAGCGGCAGUGGCAGAGGCGCAGAGGUUGCAUGCAUGUGGCGGAUGGCCAUACCCUCGAAGGAGCACUCAGUUUAGUUUACGGCAUGGCGUGUGCCUGCGGUAGAGUGAUGAAGGCAUGAUGGCAUGAAUGGCGUACGCGCGCAUGGGACGCCGCCUAGGCGUGGAAGAGUGGGCUGGGCUAUGGCUGUAGAAGAGUGGGGGAUAACAUAAACUGAGCCGCGGAAACAUGGCCAUGAUGGGCGGUUUUGCCGGCAGCGUGCACGUGACAAAGCACAAUGAGGAAUCUGCAGGCGGGCGGGCGGGCCAGCAGACGCAUGGGCUCCCAAUUGCGGGGAAAAGCCGCGGGGCGCUGGCUGUCGUUUGGUUGCCGAGUAGCGCAGCUUGGGUGCUCCCGCUGGUGGUAUGAUUGGGCCUGUAUGCUGUGUUUUUCGCUGCGAAGAAUGACCCAUGGUUCGCAGCGAGGUGGUGGACAAUGGCCGAUGUCUCAUCGACAACGGCCUUGUGGGCCAGAUGCUGCAAUGGAACAAUGUGUGCAUUUGGAACUGGGUGAUGCUUUGGCAACGUUAAGAAAGGACGGGGAAGAGGGCGAAGGCAAAGAGGUUCCGCAAUGCGUCCCCUGAAUGACCAUGAGCGGCGGACCGGUAUGUACGACAAAUGUAAGUAUUUAAGUGUUCA